AUGGCUGCUGCCUCCGAGCCCGUGGAUUCGGGUGCACUCUGGGGACUCGCGCGCCCGGAGCCCCCUCCCACCCGCUUCCAUCGGGUGCACGGUGCCAACAUCCGCGUGGACCCCUCUGGGACGCGGGCCACACGCGUGGAGAGCUUCGCCCACGGCGUGUGCUUCAGCCGCGAACCGCUGGCCCCGGGCCAGGUCUUCCUGGUCGAGAUCGAGGAGAAAGAGCUGGGCUGGUGCGGACAUCUGCGUCUCGGUCUGACCGCGCUGGACCCCGCCAGUCUGGCCCCCGUUCCCGAGUUUUCUCUGCCCGAUCUGGUCAACCUGGGCCACACCUGGGUCUUCGCCAUCACGCGCCACCACAACCGCGUGCCCCGGGAGGGCCGCCCGGAGGCGGAGGCAGCGGCCCCCAGCCGACCUCCAACCCUCCUCGUGGAACCAUAUCUGCGCAUUGAGCAGUUUCGCAUUCCCCGGGACCGCCUGGUGGGCCGCAGCCGGCCAGGGCUCUACAGCCAUCUCUUGGACCAGCUCUAUGAGCUGAACGUGCUGCCUCCGACCGCGCGCCGUAGCCGCCUGGGCGUCCUCUUUUGCCCGCGCCCCGAUGGCACGGCCGACAUGCACAUCAUCAUCAACGGCGAGGACAUGGGCCCGAGCGCCCGGGGACUGCCAGCUGCGCAGCCCCUCUACGCGGUGGUGGACGUGUUUGCUUCCACAAAGAGCGUGCGCCUUGUCCAGCUCGAGUAUGGCUUCUUCUUCCCACAGUGCCAUCCCUGCAGACUCUGUGCCGCCUAGUGAUACAAAGGAGCAUGGUGCACCGGCUGGCCAUUGAUGGGCUCCACCUGCCCAAAGAACUUAAGGAUUUCUGCAAGUAUGAGUGAAGACCCACAGCGCACCAGAGCACAGCUGCAUCCUGGGGCCCCAGACCUGUGGCUGGCUGGUCCGAAGUUGGCCACAUUGCUGCCAGCCAAGACCAGAAAUAAACAGCCGAUGCUGACAUCUUGA